AUGAAGUUUCUUUUUAAUUUGCCGGCAGUGAUCUUGUGUUUUCUUCACAAUGGUGUGUCAGGUGUUGAGGUCGUAGUAUCAGUGCAGGAGGGAGAUUCGGUCACUCUACACACUGGUGCUGAAACGACACAAGAAGAAAUAAUAUGGUAUUUUAACAAAAGUAAAAUUGCUGAAAUCGCUAGAGACCAGAAAAAAAUCUGUAUAGUUUACGAGACAGUCGAAGACCGACUGAAGCUGGAUCAUCAGACCGGAUCUCUGACCAUCAUGAACAUCACAAACACAGAUUCUGGAGUUUAUGAUCUGCUGAUCAGAAGCAGCGACACUGAAAUGAUCUUUAAUGUCACUGUCAAUGGUUUUUCUGCUUCUGAACGAGAUGAAAUAAAGAGAAUGUCAGCAAAAGAGGGAGAUUCUGUUACUUUAGAAUUGGCAGAAACCAAAAAGCCAAAUGAGAUGACGUGGUAUCUUCAUGAGACAGUCUUCGCUAACAUCAAGGGAAAUCAGAGUAACAUCUGCGAGAGAUUCAGAGACGGACUGAAGUUGGACAAUCAGACUGGAUCUCUGACCAUCAUGAACACCAGAACCACAGAUUCUGGACUUUAUAAACUACAGAUGAUCAGCAGGAACGGCAGAUUCAGCAUCACCACAGUGAAGAGAUUCUGUGUUACGAUCCUUUGUGAGAAUCCAGGUCUGUCUUCAGCUGCUGUAGGAGGAAUAGUUGCUGCUGUUGUUCUUCUGGUGGCUACUGCUGCUGUAGUUGUUGGUGUGUUUUAUUGUCGCCGCAAGAGACAUACACCAGUACCACAGAAUGUGCUCAUGUUCAAAGGUGUUGGUUCAGAUGAAGUGUCUGUGUCUGUGAUGGAGGGAGAUUCAGUCACUCUGAUUUAUCUCGGAACAAAUACGCAAGAUGAUAUUAAAUGGUUUUUCAACGACACUCCAAUUGCUGAAAUGACUAGAAACCACACCAAGAUCUCUACAGAUAAAUGGGUUGAAGAGAGAAUGGGAAACAGACUGAAAGUGAACGAGGCUGGGUCUCUGACCAUCAUGAUGAUCGCGGUCACAGACUCUGGACUCUAUCAACUACAGAUCAAUAGCAGCAGGGAAAAAAUUUUCAAUCUGUCGGUUUGUUUCUCCGCUGCAGAACAAGAUGAAAUGAAGAGAAAGACAUUGAAAGUGGGGGAAUCUGUCACUUUAGAUCCAGGUGUAAUAAACAGAAAUGAUACGAUUCAAUGGCAUUUUAAUGAAGUUCUCAUCGCUGAUAUCACUGGGGAUGAGAGUAAGAUCUGUGCAGAUGAUGAAUGUAAAAAGAGAUUCGGAGACGGACUGAAGCUGGACAAUCAGACUGGAUCUCUGACCAUCAUGAACACCAGAACAACACACUCUGGAGUUUAUCAGCUGCUGAUCAUCAACAACCAAUUCACCAUCAUUAAUAGUUGUGGAAUCACCGUCAAUGAUUCAGGAUUGUCUCCAGGUGCUAUAGCAGGCAUAUGCAUUGGCACUAUUCUCCUGGUGGUUCCCACGAUUGCUUCUCUGGUAGACCUUGGACUGCAUCAAGCAGUGGGUGCCAAAUUUACAGCACAUGUGAAAAAAUAG